UUCCACCAGAGAAACAAAACCGAAGGCCGCCGCCGAGCAGAGACAGGCGCGCGGGGUGCGGGCGCGCCCAGCCCGCGGAGGGCGGCGGCAGCAGGGCCCACGCCCGCCCCUGUGGCGUCCGGCGCCCCGCCGCAGGGCCGGCCUGGCCGGGGCCUCCCCGGGCCGCGGCGGCGCCCCCUGCAGGCGGCGGCGGGCAGAACGGGCGGAAGGAACCCGAGCCGGGCUGCCACCGUGUCCGAGCCGCCGCCGCCGCCGCCGCCGCAGAUCCGCGGGGCCCGCGUCCGCGCCCAACGCCCCCCGAGUCGCCCGCCGCGCCCCCGCGCCGCCGCAGCCGCCCGCACACCGAAGCGGCAGGGUUGGGCCCGCCGCGGCCUCUGCUUCUGCUCGCCGCCCGCACCGGCCUUCACUCUGGAGCGGCCCCGGCAGCCGCAGCAGGGGCGGCGGCGGCGCAUCGAGGAGCUCUCCAGGUCGUCCCGGGAGAGGCUGCUGCAGUCCCGGGACAGGAUGUUCUCCAAGUUCACCUCCAUCCUGCAGCACGCCGUGGAGGCGCUCGCUCCUUCUCUUCCUUUACAAGAAGAUUUUGUUUAUCACUGGAAGGCAAUUACCCAUUACUACAUAGAGACUUCGGAUGACAAAGCCCCGGUGACUGACACGAACAUUCCGUCCCAUCUGGAACAGAUGUUAGAUAUACUGGUUCAGGAAGAGAACGAGCGGGAAUCUGGAGAGACGGGGCCAUGUAUGGAAUAUUUGCUCCAUCACAAGAUCUUGGAAACGUUAUACACCUUAGGGAAAGCUGAUUGCCCCCCAGGAAUGAAACAGCAGGUUCUGGUUUUCUACACUAAGCUCCUGGGAAGAAUCCGGCAGCCUCUGCUUCCACACAUCAACGUGCACAGGCCGGUGCAGAAAUUAAUUCGACUCUGUGGUGAAGUCCUUGCAACACCAACGGAAAAUGAAGAGAUUCAGUUUCUCUGCAUUGUGUGUGCGAAGCUGAAACAGGAUCCCUACUUGGUUAACUUUUUUCUGGAGAACAAGUUGAAGUCAUUGGCUUCCAAAGGAGCACCAAAUGUAGUUUCAGAAGACACAUUAAAAGGUGAAGAUUCCUUGUCAGCUGACACAGGACUGUCCCGUCAGCCAGAGGAGCUGUGUGGCGCCACUGGAGUGGAGCCCACGGAGUCAGAGGAGGAGCCCCCUCAUCAGAUGGAUGAGCUGUCCACAAGCUUGGAUGACCUCAGUGUCACUUCACUGCCAGAGGCCUCUGUUGUUCGUCCAAACCAGGACUACAAUUUAGUGAAUUCUUUGUUAAAUCUCACCAGAAGUCCUGAUGGACGAAUAGCCGUGAAGGCAUGCGAGGGCUUGAUGCUGUUGGUGAGUCUGCCGGAGCCGGCGGCCGCCAAGUGCCUUACUCAGAGCACUUGCUUGUGCGAGCUCCUGACUGACAGGCUCGCCUCCCUGUACAAGGCCCUACCUCAGUCGGUGGAUCCGUUAGAUAUUGAAACCGUGGAAGCAAUUAACUGGGGCUUGGACUCGUACAGUCACAAAGAAGAUGCUUCAGCAUUCCCCGGAAAACGAGCCUUAAUUUCAUUUCUUUCUUGGUUUGAUUAUUGUGAUCAACUCAUUAAGGAAGCGCAAAAGACUGCUGCUGUUGCUCUUGCCAAAGCUGUUCAUGAAAGAUUUUUCGUUGGUGUUAUGGAACCUCAGUUAAUGCAAACUUCUGAGAUAGGUAUUCUGACAUCAACUGCUCUGCUUCAUCGUAUUGUUCGGCAAGUAACCUCUGAUGUGUUGCUUCAAGAAAUGGUGGUUUUUAUCCUUGGCGAACAGAGGGAACCAGAAACUCUGGCAGAAAUUAGCAGACAUCCUUUAAGACAUAGGUUAAUUGAGCAUUGUGAUCACAUAUCUGAUGAGAUAAGCAUAAUGACAUUGAGAAUGUUUGAACAUCUUCUACAAAAACCCAAUGAGCACAUUCUUUAUAACUUAGUUCUAAGGAAUCUAGAAGAAAGAAACUAUACAGAAUAUAAACCUUUGUGCCCAGAAGAUAAAGAUGUGGUAGAGAAUGGAUUAAUAGCAGGAGCAGUAGAUCUGGAAGAAGAUCCAUUAUUUACUGACAUUCCACCAGAUAAUACUUUGUCAAACUCAGAGUGGCUUAGCUCUUCACCUCCUGCUACUCCAGACCACCCCAGAAACGAUGGGAAAACUGAAGUCCAUAAAAUUGUAAAUAGUUUUCUAUGUUUGGUCCCGGAUGAAGCAAAAUCAUCCUACCAUGUUGAGGGCACUGGAUAUGAUACCUACCUCCGAGAUGCUCACAGGCAGUUCCGGGACUACUGUGCUAUCUGCUUAAGAUGGGAGUGGCCUGGGUCUCCGAAAGCAUUGGAAAAGUGCAAUUUAGAAGCACCUUUCUUUGAAGGUCAUUUUUUGAAAGUUUUAUUUGACAGAAUGGGCCGAAUUCUUGACCAGCCAUACGAUGUGAACUUGCAGGUGACCUCAGUGUUGUCCAGACUUUCCCUCUUCCCUCAUCCACAUACACACGAGUACCUUUUGGACCCCUACGUGAACCUGGCCUCGGGCUGUCGAUCCCUCUUCUCUGUAAUCGUCAGGGUUGUUGGUGACCUUAUGGUUCGAAUUCAACGUAUUCAAGACUUUACCCCCAAGCUGCUGUUGGUCAGAAAGCGAUUGCUUGGUUUGGAACCUGAAGGCCCUAUCAUUGACCACAUCACAUUGCUAGAGGGUGUGAUUGUGUUAGAAGAGUUCUGCAAGGAACUGGCAGCCAUCGCAUUUGUGAAAUACACGCUUCCUCCGCACCAUGACUGGCGUCUGAGUCACUAGGGAUCUGGACGAUGGUGUACAGUUCAUCAGGAAAGCCUGAGUUCCACCCAGCCAAGAGAGGACGAAAGGCCUUUUUAAAUCAAGAACUGCUGUAAACUGCACAGAACUGUUAAGAACCAUCAAGUGAACACGCAAUAAAAUGCGGCACACUGUUUUCGUUGCUUUAUUUAUCACAGUAGUUCUCUCUAGAAUUGCAAGUUGUUCGACCCAGAUGCAGUCGAGGGACCUGCAGGAAAUAAGCAUUUCCAACAACUGUGUGAAAGCUGCACAAUUUCUGAUGUCACGACUUUGAUGAUACUUCUGUUUUUUUAAUAUCCUUUUAGGCAGCAAGGCAUUUUGACAUUCUCUGGGACUCAAAUGCUUAUAUUCUUUUGGAUUAAUAAGCAUAAGCAGCAAAAAAAAUUACUAAUUUUAUAACUUUUUAAGGUUAAGAUUCUUAUCAAGCAAAAAUAUUUUAAAAAAACUGUAAAUGAGAAAAAAAAAUAUAAUUCAGGAACCAACAAAGGAAUUAAGUUAAUUAUAGGAGAUAAAAAUGUGUAGAGCAACAUUAACUUUCUUCAGCUUUUCUAAGAAUAACAAUUUAAUAUGAUAAAUUCUUGAUUAAUAUAAUAUAUAUAUAUUUUUAAAGAAACAUUCUUUUACUCCUCUGUGCACAUAGCCAUGUUAAUGGUUGAUUUCCAUGUCUGGGUCCCAGUUGAUUUAAAUUGUCAUUUUUGCAGCAAUAUUGAAUAUAUAUGCUCAUCAUUGGUAGCAUUUGCUAAAAUAAUAUUUUUAAAAACUAAUUAAAUUAACACAGACUGGGUUGAGAAACUUUUUUCCCUCCCUCUCUGGAAAUUGCUUGAUGGAAUUGCUUUGUACUUGGUUUUGUUAUUGAGGUGCAUGGUAGUGUCCAGGUGGGGAGCCAACUGAUAACUCUUAGCAAUCCAAUGCCAAUGGCCUCUUACUGUUUACAUUUUUUUCAUUUUGUUGGUUUGUUUGUUUGUCUGAAAUGAUUCUAAAGAGAUUAAACAAAGUCGUCUUUUAAAUGUCCUGUUUACAUGUUGAAGAAUUGUGGGAGCUGGGAGCUGGAGGUGUCCAGGAGUGGGCGCACAUGGGGUGUCUCCCUUAGCCAAGCUGCGCUGUGCACAGCGCGCCCAGUGGGCUGGACAGCUUGAUGUUUGCUAGUGUCUUUCCAUUCUGUCUGUGUGAUGCUUAUCAGUUGUUGCUUUUAAGCUUUUUGUUUGUUUAAGUUGAAAUGUUAAGCAGCAGCACUUUCCUCUGCUCUUUCCACUUGCUAAUAUUUGGAGGAGAGACUGUCACGUUCCAGCUGGAGAGACGUGUCUCUACCCUCUUGAGAAGCCAUUUGAUGUAGGAUGUUUGCAUAUACACAUCACAUGGCCCUGCGCUUACAAGCAUGUUUUACACCGAUCUGCUCACUUUGUUGUAUUACUGUUUCUGAUUUACUUUAUAAUUACUUUUCAUUAUUAAGAAAAAAACUGUCAAAUGAUCAUGCAUAGUCUCAGCUCUAGAAUGUGCACCGUUGUUAAGAGGACUAAAUUUCUUUUUUUUUUAAUUGUUUUUAUUUUUACAAACUGUGUUUUGAUUCAUGCUACACAAAUGAAGAAGACUAAAUUUGUAAUUUGGUGCAAAUCUUUCUUAGCUCAUAAAAAAUGCAUUAAGUAAAACAGUGGAGCAACAAAAGCCAGAGAGUUACUUCAUGCAGGAUUUUCUUUCAGUGAUUUUGAAUGACAGGAAAACAUUCAGUUUGCUAUAUUUAUUGUAGUUUACUCAAAGAACAACAUCUCCAUUUUAGGUGUAGUUACAAUCUACUUUGAUGUAGAUGUAUUUAAAAUAAAGCAUUAAGAGAUAUUAGAUAUUUCUUAAUGUUUUCAUAGUGCUUAAUAGGUAUAGUAGCAGUGAUAUUACGUCUCAAACCAAAUAUGUUCUUAUCCUUGAUUUCACAAUGGGACCUUAUAGCUAAUCCAUGAACCAAGCUCAGAAAAGCUUUAACUCUUAUAUUUGAUGUACAUAUGCUGCUUCUGAAAAUAUAAUUUUCCUAAGUUAUGAUGACUUUUAUUUGUGAUCAACUAAGGUUUAAGGUUUUUCUUCUUUUCUUUAUAUAUAUAUAUUUAGUUCAGACCUAGAGUCAGCACAAGUUCUCACAGUGAGUUGGAUUUGUUAACGUAGUACAACAACACUAGUCUUUUUCUCACUGUCUCUCAGAAACUGAAUAUUUCUAUUACUCAGUACUUACCACAACAGUGACUAAAAUGCACUGUGUUGGGUGGAAAGUGCCACCUCAGCCAUUGAUUGCCACCAAGUUCCAAACUGCAUUUUAACCUUGCUUCAUCUUUGUAUAAAUAGGUAGGCACUUUUUUUAUUUUUAACUUUCUAACAGUAUAGUCGUUGGGUUUAUUUUUGGUUAUGAGCCACAUUCUUUACUUGAUAGAAUCAGAUUUGUCUUAGCCAAUUUCAUGGUAGUACUCACAUAACUGUAAUGUUCUCAUAAUGCAUCUGUUUGUGCAAUAUGGAAGCUGUGAGUGGGAUUCAUAGCUUUUUGGUUUAACUGUACAUUGUGUUGUAUAUGUGUAUAUACGUGUGUAUAUAAAUGUAUAUAUAUAAGGACCAAAAUCCUUAGCUUGCUUACACUGUUGCUAGUGUAAAGAUUGUUACACUUAAUUUUACGGGGCACAAAUUAUGGAAUUUCUUCAUAAAUUCAUGGUAACAUUUCCAUAAAUGAUUGAAUUAUACAGUUCACCAUUUAAUUAUGAAGCUCAUAGGUAUUGACCGAAGAAGUUACGGUGAAGUGCUAAAACCACAAAUUGUAAUUACACUUUGGGUCGUACAAUAUGUCAGAACAUGCAUGUCAUUGUGACACUUGAUCUGUUAAAACAUGAUAAUCAUACUUCUGGGCCCUGUAAAAUAGUGUUACUGUAAUACUCUGUUGGCCUCCUGCCUUGUUUACAUUAAACAGAGGACAUUUAGUACAUUUUUCUACGUUGUGUAAGUUACUGACAGUGUUAUCAAGGUCUGGACUUCGUGGGCCAUCCAGGGAAAAGCUUUUCAGAUGGUGAUUGUGUACCUACCCUCUCUUCAAAGGAGGUUGUGAUCAAGUUCAACUUUUUGUGCUAACAAUGCAUGCAGGACUAAGAGGGAUAAUCAAAAAAUAAAUAAAUAAUGUAAUUUAAACAAUAUUGUCUUACAUUUUUGCAGAAUUCAAAUCGGAAAUGUUUCACCUACUGAUAAGUCUUAAACAAUGAUUUUUAACUUUUCUCACCUUUGACAAAGGGAUAGGGCACACCAAUCAAUGGGUCACUGCAGUAUUGAUUCUAGGGAGAGGAAAAAAGAAAUACAUCCAUAUUUAUGGAGGAGGUCAGUCUAACCCAACAAUUUCCCUGGGUAAAUCUCAUAUAUCCUCUAGUGGCCUCCUUAACAAUCACUCCUCUAAAGGAAGUCUGAGAAAAACAACUAGUUCUAAAUAUUAUUUCUUAACAUUUUCCAGCACAUCUUAGAACCUUUCUUUUUAGCUGAUGUUUAAAACAAUCAGACUGUAGAUUUCCUCCAUUCUCUUGAGAAUGAACCCAAGCCCUUCAUUGGAAACUGAAGGAAAUAUGUAACACAUGACAUAACCAGAAAGAAAAAUAGCCACUUAUUAAUCUCAACCACCAGUAACCUUUUCAGCCAGUGUUAUUCACAAUAGUCUCAGAAUGAAAAUAGAGGACACUAGAUUGAAGGGACAAAGGAGGCAGGGUUUAGGCACCCAAGAGUUGAAAUUAUCCUCUUUGCCCUGAGCUACUUCAAAAGAAAAUUGCUUUUUUGGAAUAUGUAACUGAAUUCCCAGUCCUAAACCUGGUUCAAAUUGCUGUUAAAUAUCUUCCAGUGUUUUAUCUAAAAAACUAGUAAUCCCAAGGGACUCAAAAGAAUUCACAUAAAAUUGUUGAAAUUUUGCUGGAGGAAGAGCUAUACCUCUUUUCCCCAAAAUUAAAAUGAGCAGAAGCACCUCAUACCAGUUUGAUGCUGAAGGAUGCACAGAAGAAACAAUGUUUUAGUUGGUUUUGGGCCAACGAAGGAAGGUGUUGCCUGUGGGCUGCCUCGUGGGAGACUGGGUUCUAACCUUACUUGGUAAGGCCCCGUUUGCCACCUCGGGGAGAUCCACCUAUACCUGCGUCCUGUACACUCAACUACUGUUACGGUUUGAGUAUUGUGAUUUGAAAUGUUUUAUUUCUAAAAAUGUUGUAUCAUUUCUAAACAUAUACCAGAAAUAAUGCAUGUAUUUCAUCCAAAAAUAAAAUGAGAAUUGUUUAUUC